AUGGUACUGCCGGCGGGGCUGGUGGCGGAGAAAGCAGCAGCCACUGCUUUCGCGAACGUCGUCAUGGGAAGACUCAACAGGGAGCUUGAGAAGAAGUACCAGAUGUGGAAGAACAUCGAAAGGGAAAGCACAUCUCUGCAAACUGACCUCGGCAUCCUGGCGGCAGCUGUGGAUGACUACCAGACCAUGGCUGCUCAUCCUCCUCGCACGGCCGUCGCGAGGGUGUAUGGCGAGGAGAUCAGCGAGCUGACCCACGAUAUCGAAGAUUGCAUCGAGCGGUUCCUCCACCGCGUCACCUGCAAAGCUGGAGCGUCGCGGGCUCGGCGUUCAGCUCACGCCAUCAGGACUUUCCGCAUCCGUCUCCGGUUCGCUGCCAAGAUGAAGGAGUUCAGGAACCGCGUGGCGGCAGCACGGGAGCGGGCGUUGAACGCCUCUGUACUCGCUGGUGGCAUCCAAGCCCAACACACGAACAACGAGACCGCACAGCAAGUGAAUUAUGCGCAGGAUCAUUGUCAUCCUGUGGGCAUCGCGGGUGCUACCAGGGAGCUUCGUGCGCUGCUCGGCAUCAAACCUAGCGAAGAUGAAGCAGAGGGUACUAACACUGCCCGGACUGCAGCUCAGUUGCGGGUGGUCGCCGUUGUGGGAUUUGGUGGUUCAGGGAAGACAACCCUUGCAAAGGCAAUCUACGAUAUCGUCCAAAAGGAAGGAGCACUACACUGUGUUUGGGUCGAUGGGCACUUGCUGGAUCAUAAGGGUGUCAAUGGGAUUGUCAAACAUAUACAAGAUGAUAUUCGAAUGGGGGAAGUGUCUUCCACAAUAUCUCCCAUAGAACACCACGAGGACAGGAAAGGGUACUUGAUCGUUAUUGAUGACAUUAAGGAGAAGCACUUGAUGCACUGGAAUACAUUGAGGAAUGCCUUCAGGGAUAAUGGCAGAAUAAUUGUGACAACGGCCACUCAGUCUGUAGCUAAUAGAUGCUGCAAUUAUCUCCGCGAAGAGGAUAGAUGCACCUUUGGUUAUGUGUACAACAUGAAAACUCUUGGAGAAGAAGAUUCUAGAAAAAUAGCUCUCAUGGGAAGAUGUUCACCUGACUUAGUGCUGGGUGCAGCAAAACUCCUGAAAAAAUGUGGUGGUCUUCCACUUGCUCUUUAUAGUGUGGCAUGCCAAUUGGGAUGUGAAAAUGUACUCACAGGGAAAUUAUGUAUAUUCCCAAUGGAUCAUCCCCUCAGGAAGAAUGUCAUAACCAGGCGAUGGUUGGCUGAAGGAUAUGCACGCCAUCAUCAAGGCUGGCACCGAAUUCUAGCUGAUGAAACCUUCAAGACAUUUAUCAACCGAAGUAUCAUUCUGCCUGUUGUUCCAAUCAACAGUAAUACAGAGAAGACAUGGAAAGCUCAUGGUAUCAUGCACGCAUUCAUGUUGCACAAGUCUAUGUCUAAGAAAUUCAUCAUGCCAUUUGGUUCUCAGCACAAAAAAGUCCGUCACUUCUUUGUCCAUGAUAGUAAUGGUGGAAUUUCCAGAACAAUGCCUGAUAUCGAUUUAUCUCGUGUCAGAUCACUAACUGUUAUAGGGAAUGCAGGUGGUGCUAUUUCCAACUUCGAAAAGUACAAACUUACACGAGUGUUGGACCUGGAAGGGUGCAUUGAUGUGAAAGAUUGGCAUCUUAAAGGCAUAUGCAAUCUAUGGAAUUUGAGAUAUCUAAGUCUUGGUCCCAAUAUCACAAGGAUUCCCAAGGAAAUUGCACAACUUAAGUUGCUGGAGACACUUGAUGUAAGCAAGACAGGGGUGAAUGUGCUCCCAGUGGAAGCUAUUGGACUACCCUGCUUGAUUCAUCUGAUUGGAAAGUUUAAGCUGCAAGACUCAUUCAAGACAGAGAGGUUGCCAAAAGAAUGUAUGUUAGAGACCAUAGCAGGAUUUAUUGCUGACAAGGGUAAGGGAUUUUUGCAAAUAAUCGACCAUAUGAAAAGGUUGAACAAGGUCAAGAUAUGGUUUGACUGUGGGGAAACUAAACAAGAUCAGGUCGACUUGAAUAGCCAUCUUUCCAAGGCCAUCCAAAAGUACAUUGAAACUCCUAUGGGCGAAGACAGUGUUCGCUCACUGUCCCUUGACUUCCAAGUACUGCCCCAAGGUUCCCUGUCUGCUCUAGAUCAAUUAUGUCAACACUACAAUUCAAGGGUGGGACAAUUAUAUCAUCUCAGCUCACUGAAGCUACACGGUGACCCCAACUCAGCAACAUUUCCGAAGUUCGUUGCCUUGUUUCGUGACCUCACUAAUCUAAGCAUUUUGACCACCCUGUCUGUGACACAGCAUCUCCUUUCAGUCACUGGCGAGAUGCCUGUAUUGCUGUACCUCAAGAUGACUGCCAAAAGCAUCGAUGAUGGUUUCGUCAUACAAGAUGGAAUGUUCAGGAGCCUUCAGCGCCUAUCUCUUGUGCUGAAAGUUGUGGGGACAUCUGUUCUAACAAUCGAAGAUGGAGCUGGCCCAGAAAUCAUCUCGCUCCAACUAAUCUGCAAGGAUCUAAUUGGUCUUUCCGGCAUCGAAAUUAUGCACCUUCGUGAGCUGAAGGAAAUUGCUCUUCAUCCUGACGUGGAUAAAGAAACAAGAAAAGUGUGGGAAGCAGAGGCAAGGAACCACCAUAACAGACCAAAUGUUUUGGCCAUCGCAGUUGAUCUUGAGGAGACACCAACUGUGGUUGAGAAAGAACCACCAGCAACACCCUCUACCAUAUCUGUGGAGGUGAAGACAAAGAGCAAUGCUACAGCUCCUAUCAAAUCGGGACAAGUGGUUAGUUUCGCUAAAGAAGCUUUGGUGCUGGGCACAGCACAACUGCAAGAGGUGGCCCCCUCGGCAACAUGCUAAUGAAGCGAGUA